AUGCCCGAAUCACCAUCCGGUGUGGGUCAGGCCGACUCGAUCCGGUCGCACGAUUCGAAUGACAAGAACUCGGACAAGAAGAAGAGUCGCCGUCCCGCAAACACUGCGUUUCGGCAACAGCGGUUGAAGGCAUGGCAGCCCAUCCUGACACCCAAGACGGUGCUCCCCCUGUUUUUCACUAUCGGCAUCAUUUUCGCUCCCAUUGGAGGCCUGCUGCUCUACGCCAGCUCCGAGGUCCAGGAAAUCCGGAUUGACUACUCAGACUGUCUCAACGAUGCGCCGACGAGCGACUUUGAUACCAUGCCCUCCAAACACAUCUCUAAUGCCUUCAAGGGCGGUAACGAUACCAAGGUUGCCCGAUGGAGGAAAUACGAGGACGUCAACGUGCAACCAGCCCGCGGUCAAAACUACUCAGGCACCAUCUGUACCGUCGAAUUCACCAUUCCAGAGGACAUGGGCCCGCCUGUGCUCUUCUACUACCAUCUCACCAAUUUCUAUCAGAACCAUCGUCGAUAUGUCUCGUCCUUCUACGCCGAUCAGCUGAAAGGCGAUGCUCAGAGCUCCAACUCGAUCAACGGCUCCGACUGUGGUAGCACCAAAGAGGUUGCCUUUGACCGGGACAAUGGACUGCCUAUCUAUCCAUGCGGCCUCAUCGCCAACUCCAUGUUCAACGACACGUUCACUUCGCCUCUGCAGCAGAAUCCCCAAGGCUCCAAUGACGACAGCGCCAUCUACGAAAUGAAGGACGACAGCAGGAUUGCUUGGGCCUCCGACAGGGACCUCUAUGGCAACACCAAGUACGACCCCUCGACCAUCAUGCCGCCUCCCAACUGGCGUAAAACAUACCCCAAGUACACCGAACAGAACCCCCCUCCCGACUUGAGCGAGUGGCAGGCUUUCCAGGUCUGGAUGCGUACAGCCGGUCUACCUGAGUUCAGCAAGCUGUAUCAGCGCAAUGACGACGAGCCCAUGCGAGCCGGAACCUACCAGGUUAACAUCACCGACAAUUUCCCAACCAAGGCAUACAAGGGCUCCAAGUCCAUCGUCAUCUCCACUCGUACCGUCAUGGGUGGCCGUAACAACUUCCUUGGAAUCGCAUACGUGGUCGUCGGUGGCCUGUGUAUUGUUCUCGGUGGUGUCUUCACCGUCACUCAUCUCUUGAAGCCAAGAAAGCUCGGAGACCAUACAUACCUCUCCUGGAACAAUGCUCCCGCCUCUCAGAAGGGUCCUGCCACUGGCGGUGUGCUCGGCGGGUCCAGCGGCGCCAUGGCCUCCGGCCGUGACCUUCGACCUGGCGAGGCCUAG